UGCAUUGAAUUCAGAAGAGCACUGUAAAAAUGGAGUUCAUAGGAGCAACUACUUUGCUACUACUAGCAUGCAUAGUCUUCGUGUUUCUAAGCAAAAAGCAAGCCAUAAAAGGGAAGAGCAAAGGCAAAAUGCCACCGGGGCCAACACCAUUGCCCAUCUUGGGAAACAUUCUUCAACUCAAUAGCAAAGAAGUGUUUAAGUCACUCAAAAAGCUUAGUGAAAAGUAUGGACCGGUAUACACUAUCCACAUAGGCAUGGAUCCUGUCGUGGUAUUGUGCAGCUGUGAUGCAGUGAAGGAAGCUCUCAUUGAGAAUUCGGAGGACUUUGGUGCCAGGGGACAUAUGCCACUUCUGGACAGGAUAAGUUCUGGAGGCCAUGGGGUAGUGGGCAGUAAUGGAGAGCGCUGGAAACAGCUACGCCGCUUCUCUCUGAUGACAUUAAGAAACUUUGGGAUGGGUAAAAGAAGCAUUGAACAGAGAAUUCAAGAAGAGGCCCAGUUCCUUACGGAAGAAUUCAGAAAGAGCAAUGGCCAGCCAUUGGAUCCAACAUUUUAUUUCGCCAAAGCCGUUUCAAAUGUCAUCUGUUCGGUGGUGUUUGGACAUCGAUUUGAGUAUGAGGACAAAGAGUUUUUGAAGCUUCUGGGCUUUCUGAAUGAAAUAUUUAAAGGAUUUAGCUCUGUUUGGGGACAGAUGUACAAUGUCUAUCCUAAAUUUAUGGAAAAGAUUCCUGGGCCUCAUCAAAAAAUAUUUAAUGCCAUUGAUAGUAUUCAGGAAUUUAUAAAAAAACGAGUGAAAGUGCACAAGGAGACUCUGGACCCCAGUGAUCCUCGGGAUUUCAUUGACUGUUUCCUCAAUAAGAUGGAACAGGAAAAAGACAUACCUGAGACUGAGUUUCAUAUUGAAGCCAUUGUCAAUACCACAUUUGAUUUAUUUGGUGCUGGGACAGAAACUGUUAGCACAACACUGCGUUAUGGACUGAUUAUUCUUCUCAAGCAUCCUGAUGUUGAAGAACACAUCCACCAAGAGAUUGACCAAGUCAUUGGAAGGAACAGGGCCCCAAGCAUAGAAGAUCGAUCUCAUAUGCCCUAUAUGGAUGCUGUAAUCCAUGAAAUUCAACGAUUUAUUGACCUAGUACCGAUGGGACUCCCACAUGAAAUGACGCGUGAUCUGAAGUUUAGAGAUUUUUUUAUUCCAAAGGGUACAACCAUCUUCCCAGUGCUCAGUUCUGUUCAACAAGAUCCGAGGCACUUUAAAUACCCACAUCAAUUCCAUCCAGGACAUUUUUUGGAUGAUAAUGGGAAGUUUAUUCGGAAUGAUGGAUUCAUGCCGUUUUCUUCAGGAAAACGGAUCUGUCUCGGAGAAGGUCUUGCAAAAAUGGAGCUCUUCCUGUUUCUCACCACAAUUUUACAGAACUUCAGCCUCCGGUCACAUGUGGGCAUUGAAAAAUUAGACUUAACUCCAUUAAUGAGUGGAUUCGUAAAUUAUCCCCGUUAUUACCAGAUGGCCUUCAUCCCUCGCUGAUUCGUUAUGAACGUUUUAUAAUUACAUUUAUUUCUACUUUUGACAUUUACAAGAAUGAAAUAUUGCAAGGUUGGGAGCUUAAGAUCAUUUGCCAUCUUCUUCAUUGGUGUCUCUUAUAAAUGAUAAAAACUGUUAAUAUUUGGGAGAAAACAACAAGUGAAAGCACUUCAAUGAAAAUUAAAAUAAUAGUUAUAUUAGGA